UUUAUAAAAAAAAUAAAUAAAAAAAUCUGUAAAAAAAUCUCAGGCUCGUUGAAAUAAUUUGGUUUUCAAUAAAAUUGUAAUAUUUUGACAUUCAAAAGGUAUUGAGUUUACCUGUAGAAUUUACACCAAGUUAACUCCAUGCAAAUAUCGCCAAAAUAUAUCACGAAUAAAAAUAUACAAGCCCACGAAGGUCAUAAUCUGGCUUUGCAUGUAUGUAUAUGUUGCCGCGUACUAAUCUAGUCGUUCCCUUACAGAGGCAACGCAUCGAAAAGGUGAUAGAUAUCAGGAAGAUGAAAGAGAAAGAGGCAGUCGAGGAGAAGAAAGAGACAGACCUAGCGAUACAUAAGCGAGACAAGAGGAUAGUAUCUCUUAGGCAAAUGGUUAAAGAUCAAGAAGAUGAACUCGCAGACAAGGACACUAAAUUAAAACAAUUAGAGGCGGAGUUGUUAAAACUACGUGAACAACAUGAACAGGCGGGAAAAUCUAAGACACAGAAUGAUGAGCCGAGUCAGGCAGCAAGCAGAAAUGCCAAGUCUAGGCAAGCAGCAGGACGUAAAACCAAGACACAGUUAGCACCUGAUGAGGCAGUCGAUACGGAUGAAUCUUCGCAAGACGCAGACAGGGAUGGGAGUCCGCAUGCAAAGGGCAAGAGGGAAAGAAAGAAAGCAAGGGCUAAGUAAGCAGCAGGGUGAGUCUCUAGAAGCAGCAGGCAAGGAGCAGGCAGGGACAGGGCUCGGGAGCAGCAGGUUCGACGGACAAGGCUAAGCAAGCAGAACGGAUGGGUUCACACACAGUAGGCAGGGAAUAUAUAUAUAUAUAUAUAUAUAUAUAUAUAUAUAUAUAUAUAUAUAUAUAUAUAUAUAUAUAUAUAUAUAUAUAUAUAUACAUUGAUAUACAUAUAUAUAUUUAUCUAUCUGUGUAUGAUUAUGAUUAUCAUUACCAUGGCCUUUUGUUGAUUACUGCAAAUUUGCAACUCGAAUGUCUCAUAGAAUUUUACGCUGUUUUAUUCUGUUACAUACUGUCAUGUGCUGUUUCAUGGAGCCCCACACUCACUGAUGUCGGCAAACAUGCCAUAUCUGAAUAAAGGAAGAAUCAUCUGA